AUGUUCGACGUUCUCCGCAAAAUCAACAUCCUGCCUCUGGUCAAAGAGCCUUCCCCAGAGGUAUACCAGCAGGUGCUCGAGAAGUACCCCAAGUACCGAGAAGAGGAGAAGGACCAAGGUCUGGAGUACCGAGAUGAAGCCAACAGGUCAAGAUGGUCCUUUUUCGACGAGUACGAGUACAGGCUACCAAGACUGACCUCUUCCAAACCACUCACGCGAUUUGGUUGGUUUGAUCCAGACGACACACCGGCUGAAAAACGACUCAUAAUGAAGUUGGAUAUCAUCCUGACUUUGUAUUGCUUUCUCAUUUAUUGGAUUAUGAAGUUAGACCAAGCCAACAUCAAUAACGCCUAUGUUUCUGGCUUGAAGGAAGAUAUAGGACUCGAAGGAAACGAUCUCGUGACCACCCAGGCUCUGUAUUCUGCAGGAGCGAUCAUUUUCCAGCUUCCAUUCAUUUACAUCAUUCCCAAGUUUCCCAAAAACUACAUCUUGCCAAUCAUGGUAUCAGGCUGGGGUGUGAUGACCCUCUUACUCUUCGAAGCUAAGAACCCCGCAGGAGUCAAAGCUCUGAGAUUCUUUGUAGGGGUUUUUGAGGCUUCAUGGUACCCUCUGAUGCACUACAUGCUUGGGUCUUGGCUGAAACCUCGGGAAAUCAAUCGAAGAGCUGGCUUCGUUUACUGCGCUCAGUUCCUAGGUACAAUCACAUCGGGGUUACUUGCCGCAGCUUCUAUCACUCAUCUCGACGGGUACUUGGGUCACAAGGGUUGGCAAUGGAUGUUCAUUCUGGAUGGCAUUAUUACACUACCCGUUGGAAUUCUGGGCGUUUGGAUUCUCCCUGGAACACCAUACAGAUGCAGUUCGAUUUUCAUCACCGAAGAAGAGGUAGUUAUCGCCAGAGAGCGCCUAAAGAGGGGUCCCAACGACAACCACCAAUUGAAAUUGUUUGAUAGGCAACUCUGGAAAAAUAUUCUCACCUCAUGGAAACUAUGGAUUCCAAUGCUUGCUGAUGUUGCCUUCUGGUGUUCAUGCCAGAUCCCCUCCAGUGGGGCAUUCAUUCUAUGGUUAAAGUCAUUGAAUCGGUACACUUCGGCUGGGGUCAACAACAUGUCAACGAUAUCACCUGCUUUGGGGUUCGCUUGGGUAGCCAUCGUGGUGACCAUUGCAGACUAUGGUAACAGAUGGAUGGGUAUUGUGUUCGCAGAGAUAUGGGUGAUCAUAGGGGCCAUUAUUCUAGCCAUCUGGAACGUUCCGGAAUCUGCAAAAUGGUUUGCCUGGUGCACUUCCUAUUUUUCCAUCAGUAUGUCUGCCUCUUUGUACUCUUGGAUCAAUGACAUUUGCCGACAUAAUGCUCAGGAACGAGCCAUCAUUUUAUUGCUAGUCAACACAAUGGCCCAGACAUUCUCCACCUGGACAUCAGUUGUGGUCUUCAAGACCGUGGAGUCACCGCGAUACCUAAAAGGUUAUUGCUUCACUGCUGCCUUAUCCUUCACCCUGAUUUGUCUGGUUUUUGUCAUGCUAUGGUUUUACAAGAAGCAAGAGCGUAAGGACGCCAGGCUGAACGGAAUUGUGCUGUAUAAUUCGGAGCUGGCCGAAACUACAGACCCAAGCGAGGCGUCAGAAAGCGACCGAAAGAUGGACAUCAUUGAGCAAAAGUGUAGUAUUUAA